AGAUCACCCUUUCUGAAACGUGGUUCUCUGCAACAAAUCAAUCAUAACCGUCACUUGACACGAAUCUGUCAAAACUGUCUAGCAUACAAUAGACUUGUGCAUACGAUGGCCCAGUAGGUUUAAGCUCACUCACUGACGCGGAAAACAACUGGACUGGACAAACGUAUUGUCAGGUAUUUCAUUCUUUAUCAAAAAUGGCAAACAAGGUAUUGAACUGCAGAUUUCGCAGACCAACAGCCUCUUGUCAGCUGUUCUGUUUUCCUUGGGCUGGAGGAGGAUCCAACUUCUACGCAAACUGGGGAAACAUGGUUCCAGAGUCUAUUGAAGUGACAGGAAUAACAUUCCCAGGACGAGAGGGUCGAUUUAAGGAUGCCUGCUGUCAUUCCCUGGAAACCAUGCAGAAGGAAAUCAUUGAAGCUCUUUUACCAAAGUGUCGAGAGCGGCCAUUUGCUUUCUGGGGUCACAGUCUAGGAGCCUUGAUGUGUUUUGAUGUUGCGAGAACUCUGAAGAGUGAGUACAAUCUUGAACCAGAGCGUUUGUUUGUGUCCGGAGUCUCCGCUCCUCACUCAGAGGAAAGAAAGAAGAAUAAAGUGUAUGUGAAAAAUCUCAAUGAUGAAGAGUUCAAAAAAUUUCUUAAGAAACUUGGUGGGACACCAGAUGAAAUUCUGAGCAGUGAGGAACUCAUGGCUUUGUUUCUACCUCCCUUGCGGGCAGACUAUGGACUGAUAGACCAAUAUGACUAUGACCUUGAAGCACCUCCACCUCUGACCUGUCCCAUAGACAUAACUGAUGGAGAGUAUGACAUCAAACACAACCUAAAAGCGUGGGGAGAAUUGACCACAGGGAAAUUGUCCAUUAAAACAUUACCAGGAGGUCAUUUUUACCUGAAAGAGAAGGACAACAUGAUGAGGAUUCUGGAAAAUAUAUCAUCGUACUACUUUGAAUAGUAUACAUAAUGUUAAUUAAUAGCUUAUGUCUGAGACUGUAUUAUCGGCAUGACCGGUAUGGAUGGUUGUAUGAUUGAUACUAAUAUAUUAUGUUUGAGUUUGUAAAAUCAGUACAGUUAUAUUGUUGAUAUAUACGGAAGCAGGUAUGAUGUAGGUUGUAUGCGUGACUUAGCAGCUAAUGAAGGCAUAGUGGACAUAGUAAUGAUGGAGGUUGAUAUCGCCAGCGUGGCAGGUUGUAGGCUAGAUACCAAGAGUGUUGACCAAUCAUAUUAAAUAUUGUUUAAACAUCAACAUUAUUUUUUCUUGUUCGGCAUUAUCAUAAUUAAACAUUAUUUAAUUAA